CAAGAAUAUGGAAUACAUACAGAUAAGACGUAUAGAUAAACGUUGAAUCUAAUAUUAGACGUUUUAUCUGUAUGUAUUCUAAAUUCUUGCAUAUAAAAAUAUAUGUUAUGCUACACCGAUAAGCUACGCCUGUGUAGCCGGCACCCGGGCGUCCACGCAGUGGCGAGGGGUUUUAUCAAUCGUCGGUUUCACGUCCCACGUCCCGCCUGGCGGCACUGUCUACCCCGCGGUGGUACGUGGCGAACGUAUGGUGUAUGUACAUGCUCGUAGAUGAUGAUGUUUCCCGAGAGGGGUGGACAUUCGCGAAUGUAAUACCAGGAGACCCAUGAAGCGAUGAUUGUCGCGCGAGAACGUGGACAAGGGCGAGCACCGGUCGCGCGCGAUCGGUCCGGCCGGUCGCCCCCGCCGGAGCGCCGUGGCGCGGCCUGAGAUCGGCGUGACCGUCACCUAACCUAACCUGGCCGCGCUCCUGAGCGCCGAGGACAGGAGAGAUUCGCCCGGGCCCGCGGGGAAGAUGUGAUAUCUCGCGUUCGCGCGAGGACCGGAGUGACGGGGCGGCGAGAAUGGAGAACUACUCCGUGCGUAUCAAUUAUCCGCAGAUCGCGCGUCCAGGGGACGCCGACGAGGCGCCCGCGCCCCACGACGCCCAGCCGAAGCAGCACGCGGAUCACGCCAGGAAGCGGGAGGACGUGAUCGUCCUGACGAGCGACACCAAGGGCGGCCUGUUCAAUCCCCGCGCCCUCCUCUUCCUCACCCUGUGGUACGUCUUCAGCGGCUGCACCCUGUUUCUAAACAAAUACAUACUGUCCUACAUGGAGGGCGAUCCCACGAUUCUGGGUGCCUGCCAGAUGUUGAUGACCGCGAUAUGCGGACUGAUACAGAUGUACUUUCCCUGCGGUAUGUACAAAGCCAGCCCAAGACUGAUGAGACCCCCGGGUUUUUACAAGCACAUGACGCUGGUGGGCUGCACGAGGUUCGCCACGGUGGUCCUAGGUCUAGUAUCGUUAAAUUAUGUAGCUGUAAGUUUCACAGAGACCAUCAAGAGUAGCGCGCCACUCUUCACCGUCCUCAUCAGCAAGUAUUUGUUAGGGGAGCAUACAGGACUGUAUGUGAAUCUAUCUUUAAUACCUGUAAUGGGCGGAUUGGCGCUGUGCUCCAUUACGGAAAUCAGUUUCGACCUUAGAGGAUUCAUCGCCGCCAUGGCCACGAACGUGACCGAGUGCUUGCAGAACGUUUACUCGAAGAUGCUCAUCAGCGGCGACAACUUCAAGUACACACCAGCGGAAUUGCAAUUUUACACCAGUCUGGCGUCAAUUGUGGUACAAAUACCGGUGUCGAUACUGCUGGUCGACCUACCCACCCUGGAGCAUUCCAUGAGCUUUAAAUUAUUCGCGGCAUUCCUACUCAACGGGGUAUUCUUUCACUUUCAAAGUAUUACCGCUUACGUACUUAUGGACUACAUCAGUCCCGUGACGCAUAGUGUCGCCAAUACCGCGAAGAGAGCCUUCCUAAUAUGGCUGUCCGUUCUGCUGUUCAACAAUCCCGUGACGGCGUUAUCGUGGCUCGGCACUUCCUCCGUCAUCGUGGGAGUGUUGCUGUACAAGUGGGCGCAGGAAUACGACAGGAAGAAUAGGAUAAAGCUGCGACACUCGUCGAAGAUCAAUCUGCAAUAGGACAAUUUCUUUUUUUUUUCGGUCUGCGAGGAUUCGCGCGUUGCGGCAGAAGAAACGUGUGUCACUGGCACCAGACAUGUUGCGUAUUACAGCGGUGGUACAAGCAGCAUCCAGUUUUUAUACGGCGGUAUUGUGUUCGGCGGGACGCAAGACGGUACAUGUAGAGUCAAGCCGAAGUACAAUUAAUAAUAAAAAUGGUGUUUUGUCGAAUCUUGUGAUCGCCAGUGAAUAUUCAAAGGCUGACGAGAACAAUUGGGUCUUCUUUUUUAUUCGCAAUCCGCGAUAUUAACGACAACAUUACGACGUUGCUGUGUAAAUUGCCGGCGUGUAAUUUAUAUGGUUUCUGAACUGGACAGUCUGUUUGCACGUUGAGAAACGGCUGGCAGAUACGACAAACCAAAAGAAAUCGGGACGAGUGAUCACACGUGUCAAAGAGUAUCUCGCUAUUGCUGUAUUAUACAAGUGUUCCUAAUGUAAAUGUGAGGGCUCUGUGUAAUGUAUAAAAGAGUUUUAUAAAAAUAAAAUUUCUUUACAUACUGA